AUGAGCCCUUACCAAUACAGUUCAUACAAUUCUGGAAAACGUGGCACCAGUGGUGCAAGGCCAUCAGAGUCUGGAGGCAAGCGCACGACAUUGACACGCAAACGAAACUACAACCAGCAAGGGAAGUAUCGCGGAGUGAGGAAGCGCGGAGCGUCAAGCUUCAUCGCAGAGAUUAAAGACACCAGUAGCGGGGUCCGCAAGUGGUUGGGCACGUUCCCUUCUGCAGAGGAGGCUGCUCGGGCGUUUGAUGAAGCUGCCUUUGAAAUACGAGGAUCAACUGCAAAGCUUAACUUUCCACGAGAGUAUAUCAAGGGAAGGGGAGGAGUACUAGGUUCCAAUCCUCCAAAGCUACUAGGAUCUGCGGCUACGACUAAGAUGGAAACGGCAGGAAUGGAGGCAGGUAAUAUUGCUGGGAGUAGUAACGGACUGGGCGCUCUGGAGAAGAAGGAUUCGUUUGAACAGGUUGGGAAGGGCGUUUCUAUAAGCUCUGGCGCUCAAGGCGCUCUGAAAGGGAAGGAAGUAGAGUGUGUUGAAGAUGCUGAUGAAAGACAAUUGGUGGGAGUGGACAAGCAGAUAAAGUCGUGGUUAGGAGAAGGAACAAGCAGGGCGAUGGGAACGGUGGCAGCAGGAACAGGGGGAGAUCUGGGGACUGUAGGUUCAGCCUUGGUAGGUGAAGCUGCAGGAGGGGGAGAUGGAGGGAUGUGCCUAGUAACAAAAGCGUCAGAAAUCAGUGUUCUGAGUGGACCUCCUGCAGUGAGUCUUCGGAUUGGACCUCCUGCAGAGAGUCUUCGGAGUGGCCCGGUAUACUCUCCUGAUUUUGAGUCGACUAAAAAACCGGCGUAUUCUCCUGAUCGGAGCUCCAAUGUCAGCAGCAGAAGUUCUGAGAAAACCGCACCUGUCUCCUCUGCCCCUUCAGCCUGUGCCUGUUUCGUACACUCCAUCCUUCCUGCUACCUCUACUCCAUCCACCUCUGCUGAUGUGCUACACCCCACCCUUCCUCCUUCCACUGCCCCUUCCAUCUCUACUUCUUUCUUAGACUCCACCCUUCCUGCUGCCUCUGCUCCUUCCACCUGUAUCGAUGUGCUACACCCCACCCUUCCUCUUUCCACUGCUCCUUCCACCUCUGCCACCCUUAUACACUCCAGCCGUCGGCCUGCUGGUUGGGAGUGCAGUGUCGAUGUUUCUGGGACAGUGAUGAUGCCAGGAGGGGAUGGGUCACUGCAAGAAGCAGAGGAUAUAGUGGAGUUACCAAGCAUCAUUGCAGGCCCAGCUUCAACCAUGCUCACAAGCUGGCAUGCUGAGAUGAUGAUGCAGUAUGCGCCUGCCAUCGUGCCCCCGUUUGAGCCGCACUCAAGGCGGCAUGAUCAUGGCAUGCGGAAAGAAAAAGCAGCUGCAUGGUGCGCUUCUGCAGACCUUCCAGGAGCUCCAUGUCCCAUGGAGGAGAGGAGGGAGCAGCAAACGCCUGGGAGCUACACCUCAGACUUGGAAAACAGCUACACAGCCAACCGAAUUUUCAGCCCUUCGUUGUCCGAUACUGUUAUCGAACCCCGUCAGAAGCCUCAUUCCGAACCUUCACCUGUGAUGUUUCAAAGCCACAGCGUCUCUUCCCCCGUGGAGCUGCGGGUUGCCAGUUCUUCAAUCCCUGAGUCACAGCCGUCUGUGGGAAACACUGGUCGUGUCGGUGAUGCUGUGUGA